AAACCUAAACAUUCAUGGGGCUAUGUAGACCCAAAUCAAAGGUCUGAAAAUAACGAUUUCGGUUCGAUUUUCAUAGCACAGAUCAAAUUGAGAGAGCUUGUGUCAACAGGUAGAAGAAGACUGAGGGAUAAAGCAAUGAGUUCGAGAAGUUAUGAAUCGGAUCCAGAUUUAGAACAAGAACCGGCACGGGCUGAUCAGUCGGAGUUGUCUCCUGCUAAUUUUUCUACAAUUACAACGACAGCAGUUGUCGAGGCACCCAUCGUUGAGCUACCAAGCAUGCCCAGCCAAGUUGAAGUCAAAGUCGAAAGUCCAAUUUCCAAUGUCAAUGUCCAAGUCCAACAGGAGGUUGUUGAGGCACCCAUUGUUGAGAUAACAUGCAAGCCUAGACAUGCUGAAAGUUCAAUCCCCAAUGCCAAUGCCCGACAAUGGGAAGAAAUGAAUAACAAGCGUAUAUGGAUAUAUAAAGCUGCUUUAAAAGGAGAUAGGAAUGUGAGAUUGGACGAAAGUGCACGUUCUCUUAAGAUAACAGAAAGAGGAGAUAGGCCUCUUCACAUGGCUGCUGCCACCAAGCAAACUGAAUUUGUCCGCAAGCUAGUCGAAUGCUUGGACGCAAGUGAACUGAAAUUGGAGAAUAUUCAUGGAAAUACAGCUUUCUGUUUUGCAGCUACAUCAGGGGUUGUAGAAAUUGCCAAGGUCAUGUACCAAAAAAAUAAAGAACUGCCAUCAAUUCCAGGCAGCAACGGUAUGACCCCAAUUGAAAUGGCAGUUUUGAUGAGGAAAAGAGAAAUGGUUGAAUAUCUAGACAGCAUUGCAUCCCCUAUAAAUUUCAAGGCCGAAGAGCGCGUGAACAUUUUUGUUGCAGCUAUCGGUAGUGGCAUGUAUGAUAUCGCAUUAAAAAUAUUCAAAACAGAUAGAAGUAUAGUCACUUCUCCAGACGUCAUGAGACGCGCUCUGCACGAGUUAGCUCGAAAACCUUUUUCAGACUAUGGUAACAGUCAAGAAUGGAUAUGUGAAAGUUUCGCUAGAAUCGUCCCUUAUGUUCCCUGUUUCAAAGGUAUAUAUGGUUCAAUUCAAAAGCGGAGACAAGCCGUUCAGUUGUUAAAAGAGCUCUGUGCACAGAUUAUGACUUUAAAGGACACGGAAAUUUCUGACCUAUUUGAGAAGACUCCUAUACUUACUGAUGCUGCAAAAACUGGCAGUUUUUGACUCUGCUUAUCCGCUCAUAUCCUGAUCUUUUGUGGAAAGUCGACUCAAAUAAUUACUCCAUAUUUCAUGUUGCGGUUAAUAACCGACAAGAGAAAGUCUUUAGUCUCAUCUACCUCACAGGAGCUAUUAAAGAUUU